GGGGAGGGCGCGGGGGCCGCGGGGCGCGGAGCACGGGUCUGCGGCGCUGCAGCCUCCGGAGGGCCAGCCUCGCCGAGCCCGGGGCUGGGUCUGCGCGGUGGCGAGGCGGCAGCCCCACGCACACCAAAGAGGAGGCGGCUGUGGCGGCAGCGGCGGCCCCAGCCAUGCUGUGCUAUGUGACGAGGCCGGACGCGGUGCUGAUGGAGGUGGAGGUGGAGGCGAAAGCCAACGGCGAGGACUGCCUCAACCAGGUGUGCAGGCGGCUGGGAAUUAUAGAAGUGGAUUAUUUUGGACUGCAGUUUACGGGUAGCAAAGGUGAAAGUUUAUGGCUAAAUCUGAGAAAUCGGAUCUCCCAGCAGAUGGACGGGCUAGCCCCUUAUCGGCUCAAACUGAGAGUCAAGUUCUUCGUGGAGCCUCAUCUCAUCUUACAGGAGCAGACUAGGCAUAUCUUUUUCUUGCAUAUCAAGGAGACGCUCCUGGCGGGUCACCUGCAGUGUUCUCCGGAGCAGGCAGUGGAACUGAGCGCCCUCCUGGCCCAGACCAAGUUUGGAGACUAUAAUCAGAACACUGCCAAGUACAACUAUGAGGAGCUUUGUGCAAAGGAGCUCUCCAGUGUCACCUUGAACAGCAUCGUGGCAAAGCAUAAGGAGCUGGAGGGGACCAGCCAGGCCUCUGCCGAAUACCAGGUGUUACAGAUCGUGUCGGCGAUGGAGCACUAUGGCAUAGAGUGGCAUUCCGUGAGGGACAGCGAAGGGCAGAAACUCCUCAUUGGGGUUGGACCUGAAGGAAUCUCCGUUUGCAAAGACGACUUCUGCCCAGUUAAUAGGAUUGCGUACCCGGUGGUCCAGAUGGCCACCCAGUCCGGGAAGAACGUGUACUUGACCGUCACCAAGGAGUCUGGGAACAGCGUUGUGCUCUUGUUCAAGAUGAUCAGCACCAGGGCAGCCAGCGGGCUGUAUCGAGCCAUAACGGAGACGCACGCUUUCUACAGGUGCGACACGGUGACCAGCGCCGUCAUGAUGCAGUACAGCCGAGACCUGAAGGGCCACCUGGCCUCUCUCUUUCUGAACGAGAACAUUAACCUGGGCAAGAAGUACGUCUUCGAUAUUAAGAGAACGUCAAAGGAGGUGUACGACCACGCCCGGAGGGCCCUGUACAACGCCGGCGUGGUGGACCUCGUUUCGAGAGGCGACCCCAGCCCCCCGAACUCCCCGCUCAAGGCCUCGGAGGGCGGCCUGAACUGCAGCAGCUGCGAGGGCCUCAGCUGCCAGCAGACCAGGGCGCUGCAGGAGAAGCUGCGCAAGCUGCGGGAGGCCAUGCUGUGCAUGCUGUGCUGCGAGGGCGAGAUCAACUCCGCCUUCUGCCCUUGCGGCCACACCGUGUGCUGUGAGGCCUGCGCCGCCCAGCUGCAGUCGUGUCCAGUCUGCAGGUCGCGGGUGGAACACGUGCAACACGUCUACCUGCCGACCCACACCAGCCUCCUCAACCUGACCGUGAUCUGACAUGCUGUGCAGUUAACUGGACAGGCCACGUUUCUGUGAACUGCACUAUCACACAACUAGAAAGCGACCGUGGAGAAAAUAAGUACUCCGACACCCAUCCGCCAUGCAACGUU